AUGUUCAAAAACCGCAGACUCGUGUCUUACCUUUUCGUUUCAUGCAGAGGCGACCAACGGCUUCCCCAUGAUACCGGCAAAUACCUUUCAGAAGAGAUCCUCGCCAAGCUGGGGGUGACCUACAAGUUCAUCCCCAUCGAUGAGCAAGAGCAGUGGAAGAACAGUAUCGAUGUCUUUGCAAAGGAGAGGGGUUAUAAGAACAGGGACCAAAUUACCGUUACGCCAGCAGGCCUCGGCGAGUCAUACGAAACCAAGAUCAAAUCAUUCUUCGACGAGCACCUCCACGAAGAUGAAGAGAUCCGGUACAUCCUUGCUGGGUCGGGCUACUUUGAUAUCCGAGGCGCUGGUGAAUUCCACGAUGAGCAGUGGAUCAGGAUCGGGCUGGAAGCUGGGGACUUGAUCGUUCUUCCUCCUGGUAUCUACCACCGCUUCACCGUCGACUCCAACGACACCAUCACCGCCAUGCGUCUCUUCCAAGACGAACCCAAAUGGACACCGUACUCUCGUCAACAGGGCGGUACCGAUAAUCUGGGGAGCAGGUCAUUGUACCUUGAGAGCGUUACGAAGGGGAGUGGGGUGGCGGCUUGA